AUGGCAGAAGCUGCCAAGACGGCUGAGUUGAAAGCGAGAGCAGCAAUGCUGAAGGAGAAGAGAGAUGUGGAGGAACAGGAGCUACAAGAGAUGAUGAAAAUCAAGAAAAUGGAACUGAAGAUACGUCAAAGGAAAGAAGACCUGGCCCUCCGCAUCGAGAUAAAGGAAGCAGAAGCACGUGCCCAAGCGAUUACGGAGGAGGAGCGCAUCCUCAACACACGAGACUGUGGGAGUCGAUCGUCUGAUCAUCUCCAUCAUGAAGGUGCAGCGGAAAACUCCAUGCAUCGUCAAAUAUUGCUGGCUGAGGAUCAGGAAAGACGGGAAGCCCCAUCGGGUCCAUCAGCAGGUCACGGCAUAGACAUGGUCGAUACUGAUCGGUUGGUUUUUCCGCAGACACGCUUAAGUCGAUCGCUGCAUACGGAGCGUCAGUUAAAUUUGGGUGAUGGAUGUAAUAGUUCAGAUCAUCUGAUUAACCAGUCUCAGCACCCAGGACGCCUACCUAUUGGACAGAAUCGUACGGAUGCAUCAAUAGGACAAGACAUGGAUCCCUCCGAAGAGGCCUACAACAGGCCACAGCUUCCGGCAACAGAGAGCCUGCCUCCACCUCCAAAAAAUGAUCCGGAAAUGGAACGAGGCGACGUGAUGAAGGCAUUGCUCAUGCAGCAGGUUCGAAGCGGCCUUCCAAGACUGGAAAUAUCCACAUUCAAUGGUAAUAUCGCAGAUUUCGUUCUAUUCAUCGAGGCUUUCGAUAGCGUGAUCGGUUCAAAACUGGAAACCGACAAGGAAAAACUGCUGUAUCUGGAGCAGUACACGACAGAAGAACCAAAAUACAUCGUAAAAAGCUGUCUUUUGCUUCCAGCGACUGAGGGCUACGCCCAGGCCAGAACCCGUCUGCAACGACGGUACGGAGACGAACGCAGAAUGGCGUCUGCCAUGGUGGACAAGCUGCUAUCCUGGCCGUUCAUCAAGAGCGAUGACAUAAAGGGACUGGACAAGUUUUCCAUUUUCCUCACAGGCUGCAGUUCCUCCAUGUCAACUGGUCCUUCUUCAGUGAGAGAACUAGACCAUCCGGGUCUUCUGAGAAGUGUGGUGAGCAAGCUGCCCACUCAUCUGCAGGAUCGUUGGAGACGCACAGCUGUUGCAAUCCAGGACUCAGGGAGAAGCGUCAUUUUUCACGAUCUGGCGUCAUUCGUCGAAAGCGAGGUUCGAGUUGUAUCCGAUCCACUGUUCGGGAAUCAUGUCACCGAACCCAGGGAAGCGAAGAGCUACGCUCAUCCGAAGCCAGACAAGUCACACAAAACGAACUGUCUCGCUACAAGUGUAGAACAGAGGUCUGAGAAGUACAAGUGCUGGUGCUGCUCGGAUGACCAUCUAUUGGAAAACUGUCCUGUACUACAGAAAGAAACCUCGGAAAAGAAAAGGAAGUUCCUGAUGGAACACGGCAUGUGCUUUGGAUGCCUUCGCCGAGGGCACAGAGCUGCUGAGUGCAGAUCACGAAAGUCCUGCGAGGUCUGCAACGGUCGUCAUCCCACUCUACUGCAUGAGGACCGUCCGGCGCCAAUGAAGCAGACCGAUCCGCACCAAGCUCCCUCAGAGACUAUGGUAAAAAAUGGAGCUGUGGACAUUGUGGCCGGCGCUUCGAAGUUGCAUAGUGGAAUGUCGAUCAUUCCAGUGAAGGUCCGCGUCAACGGAGGAAAGACGGUCAGCACAUACGCCUUUCUGGACAACGGAAGCUCUGCUACUUUCUGCACCGAAUCCCUGCUUCGCGAGUUGGAAGUGAGAGAAACGGAGCCAGCGCAGCUCUCACUGAGUACAGUAGACCCGAACGUGACGAGAGUGGACAGUCAAAUCGUGACAGGAAUGCAGGUUAGUGACAUGUGCCAGACAGAGUUUGUCUCCCUUCCGCCCGUUUACAGUCUGCGGAAAAUUCCAGUGACAUCAGAAGACAUUCCAAAGCAGCGAGAUCUGCAGGCCUGGCCUCAUCUUCAAGACAUCGACAUACCGGAAAUAGACGCGGAAAUCGGUCUCAUGAUAGGGAACGAUGUCUCAGAGAUCAUGGAACCGUGGGACAUCAUUCAUGGAGAGAAGCCUGGUGAGCCGUUUGCUGUGAAAACAAAGAUAGGAUGGGUGGUCAACGGACCCGUGAAGACUGCAAAGAGUGACACCAUCAAAGUGAACCGAGUCGGAAUAGGAGAUACAGACGUACAUCAGAUGUUCAUAAACAUGUACAACGAAGACGUCCAGGACACCUCAAGUCUCAAUGAGAAAGGAAUGUCCAGAGAGGACCAUGCGUGGAUGGAGCAUGUGAGCUCAUCCUGCACCAGGAAAGACAGCGGUCACUACGAGAUAGCGCUGCCGUUCAGAGAAGACAAUCCAGAACUCCCCUGCAACCGACAGAUGGCAACCCAGAGGUUGGCUGGUCUGAAACGCAAGCUGACAUCAGACGAAGAGCUGCAUCGAAAGUACACUGCGUACAUGACAGAAAUGAUUGACAAGGGCUAUGCUGAAGCAGUUCCUGAAGAGAGUAAGGAUCGAACCGAUGGGAAAGUCUGGUACAUCCCGCAUCAUGGAGUGCACCAUGCACAAAAACCAGACAAGAUUCGCGUAGUUUUUGACUGUGCAGCGAAGUAUCGGGGAAUCUCCCUCAACUCCGUCUUGCUACAGGGCCCUGACAUGACAAACAAUCUGGCAGACGUGCUCAUUCGCUUGAGAGAGUCUCCUGUAGCAUUCGUGGCUGACAUUGAGUCAAUGUUCUACCAAGUCGGAGUGCCAGUGGAGGACAGGGAUGUCAUGAGAUUCCUCUGGUGGCCAGGAGGGGAUAUGAAAAGCGCACCAAAAGAGUACCGGAUGACAGUGCACCUGUUUGGAGCAACCUCGUCGCCAAGUUGCGCAAACUACGCGCUGAGAAGGACCUCAGAGGACUUCGGAGGUCUCUUUGGUGAACAAGCUCAGAAGGUGAUCAAGCAGAACUUUUACGUUGACGAUUGUCUGAGGAGUGACGAGACAGAAGAUGAAGCCAUCGAAGUGGCCGGAGAUCUGAGAAGUCUGUGCCGUCUCGGUGGCUUCAACCUCACAAAGAUUCCAGCCAGACAGUGA